AUGCCGGGCAUUCUACGUUCACUUUUACUGCUAGUCAGCGUAGUUCCCUUGAUCGCUGGCCAGACGCGACCAAGCUACCACAUCACUCCAGGAGAGAAAUGGCUGAAUGACCCUCAACGCCCAGUCUUCGCAGGAGGUGACUGGCAUCUCUAUUACCUUUACAACUCCAACUGGGACAAGUCUAAUCCCGGCGCGGGUGGUACUGAAUGGUUCCACGCCACUAGCGCCAACAUGGUGGACUGGACCCGCAAGGGCGUGGUCAUCCAUAAGUACCAGCCAAACCCUGUGACUGGCGUGGUAUUGGGCGAUAUCGAGACUGGUAGCUCUGUCGUAGACACAGCCAACACAGCCGGGUUUGGUCAGAAUGCUGUUGUUGCAAUUCUCACUCAGAUGCAAGAUGGCAUCCAACAGCAGUCUCUUUUCUACUCCAGCGACAACGGAACUACUUUCACAGCAUACGAUGGAAAUCCCGUGAUGCCAAGCCCGGACGCUGCCGCCAAACCAGCAUUUCGAGACCCCAAGAUCAUCUGGGAUGAUACGGCAGAUCGUUGGGUUAUUGCGCUUUCGGAAGGAAGCAAAAUCGGCUUCUACACUUCGAAAGAUCUCAAGACUUGGGCUUACGUCUCGGGCUUCUCGCCCAUCAAUUCUGGUGUUGACCUAGGCACACUCGAGUGCGCCGACAUGUAUCAGAUCGACCUUGACGGCAUCUCCGCCUCACGCACCUGGAUCCUUGCCACUGGUGCUAAUGGAUACAAGUUUGGAAAGACGACAGGCACAGCUUACUGGUCUGGAUCAUGGAACGGCACUCACUUCACAGCCACGACUAGCGUCCCGAGGUGGAUGGACGAAGGCCCGGACUUUUACGCCACUGUCAGCUGGGAUAACCCCAACGACAAAUUUGGUAGCCGCUAUGCCAUCGCCUGGAUGAACAAUUGGGAAUAUGCUAACACGUUGCCCUACUACGGCGGGUAUCAAGGACAGCUUAGUAUGGUGCGAGAAGUCAAGUACCGCACAGUCGGCGGUACUCCCAUCCUGGUCAGCGUCCCAAUCGUAGGCUACGCAGACAAGUUUGAACGUCCUGUUUCAACGAACGGCUCAUUUAUUACAACAGACCCGGCAACGGCAUCGCUUCCUCCUGGUCUCACCGGAGGUGCGUAUGUCAUUCGCGCCACAGUCACCAAGGCAGACGGCGACGAUGGCGACGAAGUCCACUUUCGCAUCAAGUCGAAUGGAGCGUACAACACAACAAUCGGGUACAACUUUUCCAGGAACGAGGCUUUCCUGGCCAGGGCAUCUGAUGGCUCUGCUGCGGAUGUUUUGGUAUCGGGACCAAAGCAAGCUUACGAUGCAGUGCGAACUGCAAUCAAUCCUGCUGGUGGAAACACAGUCGAACUCGCGAUUUAUGUCGACUACAACUCAGUGGAGACGUUUGUGAAUGACGAAGGUGUCGCGUCGUUGUCGGGUCUCAUCUAUCCAGAUCAGGGUGCCGAGGGUAUUGAGGUCGUAUCUCCUUCUGGGAGGUUGACGUUGGCUUAUUUCUCCUACGCUGACUAUGCGGAAUAA